AUGACCAGACCAGACAUAGCCUUUGUGGUUCAAGUCUUGAGUCAGUAUAUGCAUAGUCCUAAGGUGUCUCACAUAGAAGCAGCCUUGAGGGUUGUGAGGUACAUAAAAGGGGCUCCUGGGCUAGGACUCUUUAUGCCAGCACAAAAUGCAAAUCCAUUGUCUGCAUACUGUGACUCUGACUUUGAUGGAUCGAAUAAUAUAAGAACAAAAACCGUAUCGCAAUAUCUCGAUGGAUUCAAGGCAGCAUCUUUCCACGAAACGGGUAGACUUUAUCACCAGAGAGUAGAGUCAAG